GCCAACAAAAUGUGACGUUUUCUUUUCCAAAUUUUCAAAGAAUAUCUGACCUUUGUAACUUUGUUGUGCUGAAACGUAGCCUUCUGAUUAAAUAGGAAAUGCUAACAUCACAUUCUUUACGUAAGCCAAAUCCAAAGUAAUUUAUUUUUCGUUUUCGCCCUUUAUAUAGGGUUUCCCCACGCCAGUAUUGAUCCCCAUUUGAUAUGUUCAAUUUCUUGCUUCCUGUGAAUUUAGUAAAGACCACAGACCUCUACAUUUAACCCUGAAGUGUCACAAGCGAGGAAUCGAACUUGCCUUUCGCAAAACGGUGUCAGCAUUUUAGCAGAGCUCCUCGGUCUCAUUCAUCGUCAAUAAUUGCGUUCUUGCGAAAUUCUCUUCUUCCCCAUUCGGUAAAUUGGAGUAGUUGAAGGAAAUGAGCUUGAAGAAAUUGUGAAAAUGCCUAUGAGAAGGGUCGGUAAGUAUGAACUUGGAAGAACAAUCGGCGAAGGAACCUUCGCAAAGGUUAAAUUCGCGCGGAACACAGAGACUGGGGAGAGUGUUGCCGUGAAAAUUAUGGCCAAAAGUACCAUCCUUGAGCACAAGAUGGUGAAUCAGAUUAAGAGAGAAAUAUCCAUAAUGAAGAUUGUUAGGCAUCCUAACAUAGUCAGGUUACAUGAGGUUUUGGCUAGCCGGACAAAGAUAUAUAUUAUUUUAGAAUUCGUCACUGGUGGAGAACUAUUUGAUGAAGUUCACCGUGGAAGGCUCCCUGAGAAUAAAUCAAGGCGAUACUUUCAACAUCUUAUAGAUGCAGUUGAUUACUGCCAUAGUAAGGGUGUGUACCACAGAGAUUUGAAGCCUGAAAAUCUUCUUCUUGAUUCCCAAGGGAACUUGAAGAUUUCUGACUUUGGACUCAGUGCAUUGCCUCUACAGGGUGUUGGACUUCUUCAUACGACAUGUGGAACCCCAAAUUAUGUUGCACCAGAG